GCAGCUAGUGGAAUAUAUGACAUAUUUUUUGCUAGCAAACAGUUUUUGGUUCUGACUACUAGGCUUUAAGGGAAACGCUUCACCUCCCUUGCAAUCGACUGCAACUCGUUUUGAAGUAAAUCCUAGGGAUUUGUCUGUCUGUUUGUUUGUUUGUUUGUGUAAUGCAGAGCGAGGCAACGUGAACCGUCUGCGGGUUUAUUUGUCGCCCCAUUUUCAACUAUCUACUACUCUACAUAGCCGCACAGUCGCGUCAUCGAGCCAGCCCAGCGAACACAAAACAACAACAACAGCAACAGCAGCGAGAAUCAGCAGAGCAGUCAUGUCCCAGGCCUUGAACAAUCCAACGGGUGGUGGUGCCCCGCACCGCGAUUACGGCGCAACGGCCGAGAGUAUCACGCCCGAAGUGAGCUUCGCUGCGCCCGGUGGCUCCUCCGGCUUCAGUCCCACAGAAUUCAUGUCCCUCAGCGAGGACAUCGGGCACAACAUUACGGCUGUCCUCUUCAGCACCAAGCAGCUGGAGAAGCAACUGAAGCUGAUUGGCACGCCCAAAGAUCUGCCGACGCUGCGGGACAAAGUGCACAGCAUCAAUACAAAGACCAAUGCCAGGAUACAGACCAUUACCGGGGACCUGCAGCGUCUGCAGGCCGUCGUCAGGCACGGCGAUCGCAUGCAGAAGCUCCAGCUGGAGAAGCUGACGCGCGAGUUCCACAAUGUGGUCGAGAAAUACUCCAACUUGCAGAGGAGCAUCUCAUCCGCUAUGCGACAAAGCUAUCAGCGGGCCCUGGGCUCCGAGCACGAGUCGGAGGCAUCUGCCCGGGCCGAGCUGCUGCAGGAGCAGCGCCAGGAACAGGCUGGCCUGCAGCAGGAGCACGACAUGCUGGUUGAGCGCCAACGUCAGGUGGACCAAAUCGAGUCUGAUAUCAUAGAUGUGAACCAGAUAUUCACCAAGCUGAGUGGACUGGUGCACGAGCAGGGCCAGCAAAUGGAUUUCAUUGAGAACAGUAUUGAGCAGACCGCCACCAAUGUGGAGGACGGACAUUCGGAGUUGGCCAAGGCGGCUAGAAGUCGUCAGAGCUAUCGCCGCAAGAUUCUGAUCCUUUUAGUGAUUGCUGUGAUAAUAGGUUUAAUUGUAACUGGCAUUAUAGUGGCCAAAUUGAACAGUUAAUUGUUUUAUUUAUAUCGUACACACAUAUACACACACACGCAUAAAUGCAUGUAUGAGAAUAAUUAAUGAUUUUUGUAAAACAAUUUAUAUAAAAACUCUGUUUAAUCACCAAGUGAGCAAAGACAACAAAAAAAAACAAAGCAAGAAAAUAAAAAAGAAGAAAA